CAGGUGCUCGCCGCCGUCUCCAACAAGAACUUGGUCGGUCCCGGCGGCGCGCUCGACCUCUUCCUCGACGGACUCAACUCGGCCAACAUCACGCACGCGCUGGUGGUCGCCCUCGACGAGCAGACCGGCACGUGGCUCGGCCGGCGCGGCACCGCCUACUACGAGCGGCGGCUCGUCUCGCGGACCGGCUCGACCGACAACCACGCGACGUCGGGCCUCAAGUUCAAGGUGCUGAUGGACUUCUUGUCGGUCGGCUGCUCCGUCCUCCUCUCCGACGUCGACGUCAUCUGGCUCACCGACCCCUUCCUGGGCAGCCUCUACCGCGACUCGGACGUGGAGGGCAUGAGCGACGGGUGGGACGAGCUGACGGCGUACGGCCACCACCACGGCUCGGGCGCCUACCGCGUGCACGCCCGCAACUCGGGCAUGUUCUUCCUGCAGUCGACGGUGCAGGGCCUCGCCAUGGUGACGCGGCUGGCGCGGCGGAUGGAGACGGAGGGCGUGUGGGACCAGUCGGCGUGGAACCAGGAGCAGUUCCACCCGUCGCUGGGCGCGAUGACGGCGGUCGGCGUGUCGGCGCGCGUGAUGAACUACCUGUGCUUCGAAAACUCGAAGCUCUACUUCCGCUUCCUGCGACACGACGCGCAGCUCCGCCAGGGCUUCCGCCCCGUCUCGAUGCACGUCAACUACCACCCCGAGAAGCAGCCGCGCAUGCGAGACUUGUACAACUACUACGUCCUCGGGAGCGAG